GACAAAGCACCUAAAAUCGCUAUGGCUGGCGGGACCGCUGGUACAGCCAUCGCUGGUACGCAUGAAAUUGUCUAUGGGCCACCUGGUUACAAAGGUCUUAUCAAAGAGCCUCGCCUCUUUGCUCUGGCAUGUUUCGCCUCGAUCGGCGGGCUGCUAUUCGGCUAUGACCAGGGAGUGAUCUCUGGCGUAUUGGUCAUGAAUAAUUUCGUGGGUUCUACAACCCAGCCCUAUAAUCGGCAGGAUGCCGCUCUCCAAGGAUGGCUGGUCUCAAUAAUGACACUCGGCGCUAUGUUCGGUGCCUUUGUGAACGGACCGAUUUCCGACCGAUUAUCACGCAGAUGGUCGAUCCUGUGCGCAAAUAUCAUCUUCUUGGCUGGUUCGGUCAUCCAAUGUGCGGCAGAAAAUGUCGCAAUGUUGUUUGUUGGACGCCUUGUGUUUGGCUGCGCAGUCGGUAUGCUGGCGAUGGUUGUUCCGCUCUACCUGUCCGAGCUGGCGCCUCCUAAUAUUAGAGGAGCGUUGGUGGCUCUCCAGCAACUCUCGAUUACCGUCGGUAUUAUGUGUAGCUUUUGGAUUAACUACGGAACGCAGUAUAUUGGCGGAACUGGUGCGGGACAGUCCCAGGCUGCUUGGCGAACACCCCUUGCAUUACAGUGCGUGCCAUCGGCCAUUCUCGCAGUUGGCACUUUCUUUCUCCCCUACAGUCCUCGGUGGUUGAUGAAUCAAGGUCGGGAAGAUGAAGCGUUGCAGACACUCGUGCGACUGAGGAGAGUUCCUAUCAGUGACUAUCGUGUUACGAUUGAAUUUCUUGAAAUCAAGGCUGCGCGUCUGUUCGACCAGCAAACCAAAAUUGACAAGUAUGGGGGAGGUCAGUCGGAGUUCUAUGUCGCUUUGCAGCAGUACAAGGAACUCUUUACUGUCAGCCAUCUAAGAAAGCGAACCAUGGUUGCUUGUCUGCUUCAAGUCCUUCAGCAAUUUACAGGCAUCAAUGCCAUCAUCUACUAUGCCCCCCAGUUCUUCGAGGCUAUUGGGCUCAGCGGUAACUCUGUGAAUCUCCUGGCUACGGGUGUAGUGGGUAUUGUUUUCUUCUUCUCUACCAUCCCGGCGGUCAUGUACUUAGAUCGAUGGGGUCGGAGGAAGACACUGAUGCUGGGUGCUGCCGGUAUGUCCGUUGCUCAGUUAGUCGUGGCAACUUUAUACGCAGUGUAUAAGAGUACAUUCUCGCAACACCCGGCAGCUGGAUGGGCUGCAUGUGUAUUCGUCUGGAUCUAUAUCGCGACUUUCGCUUUCAGCAUAGCCUGCGUCAACUGGAUCAUGCCCUCGGAGAUGUUCCCACCCGCGACGCGAGGCAAGGCCGUCGGAGUCGCCAUCGCAUUCAACUAUCUGUCCAACUUCAUUGUUGCGCUCAUCACACCUAGAAUGCUAAAGUCCAUCACUUUCGGGACGUUCUAUUUCUUCCUGGUGUUUUGCAUUACGCUCGGCGUGUGGACCUACUUCUGCGUUCCGGAGACUAAGGGUGUUCCCAUCGAGGAGAUGGAUAAACUCUUUGGUGGCAAUGAUGCCGAGGCUGAUUUGGACCGCAUUGCUGAAAUUCGAUCCCGUAUUGGCCUUGCGCCGAAUGGAGACACGGAUGCUAUUCUUGAGGGCAAGGACAUCGUGACCCAUAUCGAGUCUGUUGGCUGCACUAAAUGA